UUGUUCGAUCACCUCCGUGUUUUCUCGGCUCAAUCUCGCCUUCAUUCCUCCGCUCAAUCCAUCUCUUAGUGACUUCUCCGUGUGAGAUCGAAGGUUCGCGUCUCUUUGAAUCCUAAUUUUUAAGCCGAUUGGUGAAUUUGGAGCGGUUUUUUGAUGCUUUUUGUGUGUGUAUGUGUGUGGUGAUUAAUGCUGGUUGUUUGUUUUGGAUUUAGGGUUUUUAAGUACGUUUUUUUAUUGGUUUGAGACUGGAAUGGAGUUCUUAUAUGGUGUUUUUUUUUAAGCAAUGGUUUGUUUGAUCGUUUGUGUUUUGGGUUUCCUCUUGGUGUAGUGGUUGGUUCUCGGAGGCUCUAGGGUUUUAUUGUCAUUUUUGGUGAUUUUUGCAGGAAGGUGAUGAAUAUUGCUCUUUCGGCUGUUUUUUGAUUAGAUUUUUGAGCUGGCUGUUUGAUUGUUCUCAAAUUUGGAUGAUCGAAUUUGUUUGCGUUUCAUUGGAUUUAUUGAUCUUGUCAAAGAAAAAAAAUUAUAUAAUUGAUUGGUAUGUGGUUUUUUGUGACACUGUUGAGAUUUGGUUAUUAUUUUAUUUAAUAUUUUUAGGCGGAAUUGUUUGGAUUUUAGGAUAUGUAUCUUUUGUGCUGGAUUCUGGAAUAGCGGCGAAUUGUUGGUAAUAGUUUGUGUACUGUUAGAAACUACCACUGCUGAGAUUUUUGACAAGAGGGUUAGAUACUGAUCAUGACUUUUUUGGAUUUUAAUUGUAUUUUUUUUUGUAUUUUAUGUCUUGCGGGGAGGGAUUACUGUUUUCUGAUUAGUUUAUUAUUGACAAAUAUUUAAUUGUUGUAUAAGUGGUGUAUCAUAAUAGACAAAAGAUUGAAGACAACUAAUGAAGAACCAAGCCACACAACCUGUUGCAAUAAAAAGGCCAGAGCUUACUCCCAAAGCCCUUAUACAUCAGAAGUAUGGUAGUAAAGCUUGCUACAAGAUUGAGGAAGUGCAACAGUAUGUGGAUAAUGCUUGCCCUGGGCUUGCUAUUCCACAGCAAGUUCGUUACAUGUAUCGAUGUUCUUUGGAUCUCCCUGAUCUAUCUGUUACUUCUGAUACCUUCACGAAAAAGAAGGAAGCAGAACAGUCUGCUGCCAAGAUUGCCAUAGAGAAGCUCGGUAUCCAGUCCACAACAAAUGAUCCUACGCCACAAGAGGCUAUGGAUGAAUUAGUUGCUCGUAUAUCCGGGUUAUUUACCAAUGAGUUCCUUUCUUCAUCCCAUCCCCUGACUGGACACAUCAGAGUUGCAUUGAAGAAAAUGGGUGCCUGUUUUGGUAGGAUUCCCAUCUCUGUGAUUGCUGCCUCCGAUGUGAAAGUUUGCAAUUUGUGCAGAGUCAUCAAUCCUGAUGUGGAGUCAGAUCCUCUCCUGUUAAUAUCACUUGUCAGGAAGGCUGCAAAAAUGUCUGAUUCCCUUGUUACCAGUGACAAAGAGCCUUGGAUAUCAAGACAAGGUGCAUACUCUGCCGAGGUUUUACAGUUGUUAGCAGACUGUGAAUCAUGCCAAACAGGAUGUGUGGAUAUAGGAGCCCUUCUUAUUCCUUGCUCAACUGAGAAGCACCCUGAGUCAUUGAGUCUUAAUAUUGACAAUAAUUAUUAUUACUUGGAUGCAAUUGCUCAAGUACUUGGUGGUGCUGAUUCAUCUCAAAUUUUGAUCUCAAGGACUGUUGGCAAGGCUUCUUCUGAAAUGAAACUUUACUUCCAUGUUCCAAAAGUUUCAAAUUGGCCCGCAUAUCUAUUAUCAGAGGUGGAAGGCAAAAAUGGCAGUCUUAACCUAAUGCUCAAUAAAAGAGCAUCCUACUUAUCAGGUCAAAGAAUUUAUGGAGAUGCAGUCUUGGCAAAUGUUGGAUACACAUGGAAGUCUUCAGACCUCUUCUAUGAAGAUGUAUCUUUGUGUACCUAUUACAGAUUGCUUCUCAAUAAGGUUCCUGAUGGCCAUUACAAGUUGUCCAGAGAGGCAUUAUUGAUAGCAGAGCUCCCAACCAGAUAUACUUCUCGCAUGAACUGGAAGGGCCCUUCUCCACGAGACCUCCUCUGCACGUUCUGUCGACAGCACCGGCUUUGUGAGCCCCUUUUUAAUGUGAAAUUUCUGGAUUCUCCUGGAAAAUUUUCAGAAUUGUCGAGGACUUGCAAAAAUUGGAAGCCAUCAAUGUUAGAAGAAGAAAUUGAGAAGGCAAAUACUGAAGCAGAUCAUGUCAGUAACAGAGACGAGGAAAGGGUAAGCAGUUUCCAAUGUGAAGUGAAGAUUUUAUCAAGGAGAGGAGAUCCAAUUCUUGUAUGUUCUGUUGAGGAUGCUUUUAGGAAAGAGGUUGAUUCUAUCCAAAAUGCUGCUUUGAAAGUCCUACUGUGGUUCAAUGAGUAUUUCAAACAAUUAAACAUGCCCAUUGGAAAGCUUUGUCUGUUUGGAGAAGCUCACCAGAUUAAUGUUGACCCUGUUCAUUUUCUGAAGGAAUUUGUCAAUCCUCUCUCUCUUUAUGAUGCAAAUAUUAAUUUCUCUUCAAGAAACUGCACCUCAUCCAGAUCUCUCUGUAACGCACUGGACAGAGAACAGGAAACUGAAAUUAUUUUUUCUAAUCCUGAAGGAGCAGAUUCUGGUGUUUUCCCGUCACCAGGAUCUUUAACCUGUAUAAGUUACGUUGUGGCUUUAGUUAAAAACAAUGGACAUUUAGAAGAAAUUUUAGAAAGCAAUGAUGAAUUUGAGUUUGAAAUAGGGACUGGCUCUGUGAUUAGCCAACUUGAGGCAUGCAUAACUCAGCUAUCUACCAAUCAGUCUGCAAAGUUUAUUACUGGACUACCUCCCAAGGACUUGAUAUUGGCUGCAUCUACUAAAUCCGAUAUUCUUCUUUCCCAGCUGUCACUUGACAAAUGCUUUCUAGAGUACACCGUUAAAAUAUUGCGAGUAACAGAACCAUUGGAGGACAGACUGGAGCAAGCACUGUUCAGCCCUCCUUUGUCAAAACAGCGUGUUGAUUUUGCAGUGCAACAGAUUAAUGAAAAUCACGCUGCUUCCUUGGUUGAUUUUGGAUGUGGAUCUGGUAGCUUGCUUGAUUCUCUAUUGGAGCAUUCAACUUCGUUAGAAAAGAUUGUUGGUGUGGAUAUUUCAGUUAAGGGUCUUACACGUGCUGCGAAGAUUCUACAUACAAAACUGAGUGUGAAAUCUUCAAAGAUCCAAUCUGCAGUCCUUUAUGAUGGUUCUAUCACUGAUUUCGACUCACGUCUGCAUGGUUUUGACAUUGGUUCUUGUUUAGAGGUCAUUGAGCAUAUGGAAGAGCAUCAGGCUCAUUUGUUUGGUGAUGCUGUUCUGAGUUUGUUCUGCCCUCAGGUACUCAUUGUCUCGACUCCGAACUAUGAAUACAACACCAUACUUCAGAGAAGUUCAUUACCCAGCAGAGAAGAAGAUCCUGAAGACAAAUCAGUGCCGUGUAAAUUCCGAAAUUUUGAUCACAAAUUCGAAUGGACAAGGGGGCAAUUUGAGCACUGGGCCAGGAACCUUGCUUCUAGGCACAAUUAUAGCGUCAUGUUUAGUGGAGUUGGUGGAUCAGGUGAUGUAGAACCAGGUUUUGCUUCUCAGAUUGCAGUUUUCAGAAAACAGGUUCAUCGAGAUGAGAAAUGUAUAAAGAUGGAAUCAUGUCAUCCGUACAACAUUGUAUGGGAAUGGUCUAACAAGAACAGCUCUGUGGCAACCUAACAAAUUUUUUGGUCAUUUACAUGAAAUGGAAAUUCUAAAGAAAGGUGAAAAGAACAUUGAUGACAACAUAGUUUCAGUAUUCGUCAUUAUUCAUUAUAUAGCGUCAAUGUGCAGAUGAUUUUGGCAUGGAAAAGUGAUGGUUAUGGGGUUGAAGGCAGGGAAUUACAGCAGUGAUUCAACUUAAAAAGGGUAAUGAAAUAUAUGUAUGUUUUUGAUCUUGAUUGAGUUGGGUAAUGACCAUGUAUGAUGAUGAGAAUGAAACGUGUCAAUCAUACUCAACAUGGCCUGCAAGUGUUUUGACUUUCAAGGGCAGGACAAAGUCAACGUACAGGAAACAAGAACCAG